AUGGGCAGCAUCUCAUUCCGCGAACACAUCCGCUGGAUCCCCGACGAGGCUAGCGAGCCGACGUCCACCAUCGUGCUCACGUCCCCGCAGCGCCGCUUCGUCGAUCUCCGCAUCCUCAAGUCGCCGCCGACGGCCGAUGCCGCGCCAGCGACACACGGCAUCGAGCGUCUGGAAUGGGGCAUCGCGGGGACCUCGUCCUCGUCCAUGCGCGACGGCGGCGACGGCGUCCAGGUCCGGCACUCGCGCUGGGAGCACUGGAUCGACUCGCGCACGACGGAGCCCGAGAACGCCGCCGACGAGGGCGACAUGUACGAGCAGCCAGACGGGCUGACCCUCGAGAAGGGCCGGAUGGUGAACCCGGCCACCGGGGAGGAGACGGACUACGAGGAGCUCUGGCGGGACAUUGACCCCGUCCCCGUCCCCAUCGCGGCUGCUGCUGCUGGCGACGGCGGCGGCGACGGCGGCAAGGGCGGCAAGGGCGUCGAGUGCAUCGUCCUCAGAUUCGAGGACGAGCCGACCAAGUCGCGGGGGCUGGUCGUCUGGCUGGGCCGGUUCUGCCAGGGCAUCUCGAGGAUCGGGGAGGACGUCGCGGCGCAGCGCUGGGAGUGGAAGGGCGAGGACGGGUGGAAGCGGACGGCGCGGAUCGGCGAGCGGGAGCUGCCCUGCGAGGCGCUCCUGAAGACCGGGGCGCCGCUGAGCGUCGGCGCGCACGUCGUUCACGAGAACCUGGUGUGGGACGUGCUUGAAAGUUCCUAA